GCUAAAUUCCAUUGAUGUUAAGUAUCAGAUGUGGAAAUUAGGAGUCGUUUUCACUGAUAAUUCUUUCCUUUACCUAGCGUGGUAUAUGACCAUGUCAGUCCUUGGCCAUUACAACAACUUUUUCUUUGCUGCUCAUCUUCUUGACAUUGCAAUGGGAUUCAAGACAUUACGAACUAUCCUAUCAUCAGUUACCCACAAUGGCAAACAGCUUGUCCUAACGGUGGGGUUACUGGCAGUAGUAGUAUACUUGUAUACAGUAGUGGCAUUCAAUUUUUUCCGCAAGUUCUACAACAAGAGUGAAGAUGGUGAUAUGCCAGACAUGAAAUGUGAUGAUAUGCUAACAUGCUACAUGUUUCACAUGUAUGUUGGAGUACGUGCAGGUGGAGGCAUUGGCGAUGAAAUAGAGGAUCCAGCAGGAGAUGAAUAUGAAAUCUAUCGGAUUAUCUUUGACAUCACUUUCUUCUUCUUUGUGAUUGUCAUCCUCCUUGCAAUUAUUCAAGGUUUAAUUAUUGAUGCUUUUGGUGAGUUAAGAGAUCAGCAAGAGCAAGUUAAGGAAGACAUGGAGACAAAGUGCUUUAUCUGUGGAAUAGGAAAUGACUACUUCGAUACGGUGCCCCAUGGCUUUGAAACACACACGCUCCAGGAGCACAACUUGGCCAAUUAUUUGUUUUUUCUGAUGUAUCUUAUUAACAAAGAUGAAACAGAGCAUACAGGACAGGAAUCCUAUGUAUGGAAAAUGUAUCAAGAACGAUGCUGGGAGUUUUUCCCUGCUGGUGAUUGCUUCCGAAAACAAUACGAAGACCAGCUCAACUAAGCAAAGAUGAGGAUUUCCAGACAAAAAUAUGUCCAUCUAUUUCCCAACUCUUUUGGGAAUGUCUAACAGAUUUCUUAAAUCCCCAAAGCUGUGUGCUUUUUGGAGCACCAAAGCUCUGUUUUUAAUGACCCAACUGCGCUUUUAUUUUCUUGUGUAUUUGCUUUGAGAACACUGGAGUAAAGAACAAUGAAAAAUAACAGCAACUCUGGAAAACAAACCAACCACUUGAACACACAAAAGAUACCCCUAUACAUAACAUGCACACAUAAGAAGAGACUUGAGACAGCUUAUUUCUGAAACUGCCAGAUGAUGCCCUUGUCUAUAUCAUACCUGGGGUGACAUGGUAGCAACACUCAUUCAAUCUGUUUAUUUCAUCA